AUGCCAAGCAGCAAGGGGUACUCGUACAAGAGCAACAGCCAGGGUAACUACUCCUGCGCCCGCGACUACGGAAACAGCAGCAGCAGCUCUGCGAACCCGAACUCAUACCAGUAUCCCAGCGCAAGCGGCUCAAUUCACGACUCGACUCCAAAGAGCGAGAGGUAUCAGAACGAAGGCAACGGCGGUUCUCCGUACACCUCGGCUAGCGGAUACCGAACAUGCUCCGGGUACGGCAAAAAGUAA